AUGAGAGCCUUUAAAGGGUUUUAUUUUCUAGGGUUUUUUUUUGUCAUGGCGGAUCCACUAAUUGACUUGUGGAAUUUGCCAUUGAGCAAUGAUGAGAAGUGCCAGCUCUCUGUGAAGCUGGGUAUGCUGCGGCUAGAAGGAAAGGAUCCCUCAGUACUUUUCCUCGCGCCCACACCGGAGGACAAAGCGGACGUGCUCAGGAGCUUUCUGAAAGAGUCGGCCCCUCGAAUUGCUAACGAGAAUUCCUUGGAUCUCACCUACAAGACUGUCAGCGAAUAUUGCACGCCAGUAGUACCCGAGCUUCAAGGCUUGGCGGGGUUUCUCCUCAAGAGGCCCGAUGGGCUUACGAUCCGCGUGAGUUCCAGGACAUACAACCGGGUUCGAGACUACGAUGUGCAGGGUCUCUUCGAGCCUUCGGAUGGUGAUCGCUGUUUGGGGCUUGAGGAGCAUCUCUCCGGCUGUAUACUUCCACCACCAGAAACAGGUGUUUCCGAGCUCUCAUUUAUUCAGGCAUGGGAUAACUUGAUCAACACUCCCCUGAGAGUGUUCAUGAAUGUGGCCUUCAGUAAGGACCGUAAUACAAAUACUGGAAUUGACAAUUUACUUCCCGACGUCGUGGGAUAUGUUGGUGCUCGUUUUUCGCUUUGGAUUGCCGAAGAGGAACUGGGAGGAACUGGCAAUCUUCUUAAAGAGCUGGUUUCCAAGCGGAACUGGUGUUACAAGGCAAUUCCUUACAUUCUCGGUUACUCUGCGAGCGGUCUUGCGGUGACGUUGGUCGCGCUUUAUUAUGAAGGGGGGAGGGUUAAGAGCAGGCACCUGGCAACGUUCAAUUUGUACGAAAUUGGUGACAGGGUCAAACUCUUCAUGGUUAUGUCCAACGUUGGUCGGGUACUGGGAGGUUUGCACGAUAUGUGCAUUAUAAACAACGAGAAUACGGAAUUUGAAGUUGUGAAAGGUAUAACGACCGGGAAAUCUGUGAGGCUAGCUGGAGAUCAGGUGAUCAAAGGCUAUCUGACGAAGGGGAGGAGGAUGAAAGUUUGGAAAAUAUAUUACGCUCUCAAGGGCUGCCCCAACAUGGAGACUUGCUUGAGCAGGAAGCCGCGACAUGAGAAUGGCUCUUUUAAAAGGAGGAUCGGCGAGUAUAUGCUUAGCUUUUCUCCUCGUCUAAACAGAACAGCUCGGCCUUCAACGCAGGAAUCACUUGUGAGAGCUCUUCUUGAUGUCUCUGAAGCUCUGGCCUGGCUCAAGGAAAAGAGGUGGAUCCACAGGGACGUCCAUUGGGGCAACGUGGCCUUGGACGAAGUAGCUGGGGUGUGGACGCUGAUAGAUGUGGAGGAGGCGUGCACGUUUGAAGAGGCUACAACGGCACAUCCGUUAAAUUCACGGGUGCAUGCGCCAGAAAUGCUUACAGGUUACCAUGGUUCACCUGUGGACGUCUGGGGCCUGGGUCAUCUUAUCAGGAGUGCCAGCAACGUUCCUGCUCUUAAUAAGAUGGUGGAUGAAGUCCUGUGGGAGUUGUCGGAAAAAUGUUCGGCAGUGGAUCCCUCAGAUCGGCCUAGUAUAGCAGACUGUAGAGUUGAGCUUGAGAGUUGCCGGACGCUUUUAAGCGAGGAUUCCAUGGAUUGUGGUACUGUAGAAAUAUCCAGAUCGGAUCCACGAGCUAACGUGGAGACCAUGUAAAUAUUUAUAUACAUUUGGUAAUAGAAGGGUCUCAAGUCUAACUCUA